AAAUAUGAACAAACAACACUAUAAAAAUGAUCAGCCGGCUGAGCUGGUGUGCAGAAUCAACCCGUUCCCCAUGCUUGAGUACCUGCAGCUCAGUUAUGAAGAGGCUUUUUUUCUGGUCUAUGCUCUUGGAUGCUUGUCCAUUUAUUAUAAUGGGGAGCCUCUGUCUGUCGCUCAGCUGUGGACGAUGUUUCGCUCGCUGCAGCCAAACUUCUGCUUCUCCUACGCGGCGUAUCAUUAUUACCGCAGUAAAGGCUGGGUGCCGAAGUCUGGAGUUAAAUACGGCACCGACUUAAUGCUCUACAGAAAAGGACCGCCGUUUUAUCAUGCAAGUUAUUCAGUGGUUGUGGAUACAGUAGACGCGUCUUUCAGAAGAUCAUCUCUGCGUCCCUUCAGCUGGAGAUCUCUGGCCACUCUCAGCAGAACCACUGGAAACGUCUCCAAGGAACUGAUGCUCUGCUUCAUCAUCACUCCAUCAGAUGUGACUGGAGAUCUGCUGGUUUCUCCUCAGUGUCUCAAACGCUUCUCAGUGCAGGAGGUGCUGAUGAGCAGAUGGGUUUCCUCCAAAGAGCGAACCGAGCAGGAGGAAAUAUAAACAUUCACGACAGAUCAUUCUCGUUUCUUCCAGUCAUCUUUAUUUACGCUUAUUUAUUUUGGUGAAUAAUAUGCAGAGAGUGUUCAACAAUAAAUGCACAUCAGGACAUCUCA